CUCCUCCCCCAGACCUGAAUGAAGCCAAGCUAGUCAGCCCUCCGCUAUUGCUAACUAAACUGCGGAACUACAGCAGCGACACAGACCGUCUCUCGUCAUUCCUGUCUUGAAGUUGAGGUACAGCGUUAACACGAAGGCCUGCCUUAUCUAUUACUCCUUUGAGGACCGCAUUGACCGCAGCUAAGAUAGCUAACGAGCGCAGUCAUAAGUUGCUAGUUAAGUUUGCAUUAGCUAGUUGCGUCGUUUGACAGCUAACGCUAACUAGCUAGUCUCAUUGGUAUUCGACGUCAGUUUCAAAACAAAGCCCGCAAAAAUCGAGAAGUUGAGACUCAGCUGUCACCUCCAGGAUAGCUCCCAACUAAACAAGCUAGCUAGUUUUGAGUCUGUCCACCGACUGAAGAUAAAUUACGCUUUUCAGCUGAUGUGUGAUACACUCCGUUAAUGCCUAAUUAACGGUAUUUCCCUGACGUUAAAGCUAAGUUGAAGAAGCUGUCAGCAGGUUUGGCUGUGACGCGUUUGAACUUGUAACUAACUUAAUCCUGCAGCUAGCGGGACGAGACGUGGUCCUGUGGAUAAAAUCAGGUUCAAGUUAUCUGUGAAGCUUGGAUUUAAAUGUCCGAAAAGAGUUCAUCGUCCGGCUCGGAUGAGGAUGUGGACCCAGAAUCUGGACAGCCUGUGGAGCUCGGAGGCGUUUUAAGCAAGUGGACAAAUUACAUACACGGAUGGCAGGACCGAUGGGUCGUGUUGAAAAACAAUACUUUGAGCUACUACAAGUCGGAGGAUGAACGGGAGUACGGCUGCAGGGGGUCUCUGUGCCUCAGCAAGGCUGUCAUCACACCUCAUGAGUUUGACGAGUGUCGUUUUGACAUCAGCGUUAACGACAGUGUUUGGUACCUCAGGGCUGAAGAUCCAGAGCACAGACUCCAGUGGAUUGAGUCGAUAGAGCUGCACAAGGCCGAGUCUGGCUAUGGUUCAGAAACCAGUCUCAGGCGUCAUGGUUCCAUGUUGUCUCUCACCUCAGCAGCCAGUGCCUUGUCCGCCACGUCCACAUCCUCCUUCAAGAAGGGGCACAGGUUGCGUGAGAAACUAGCAGAAAUGGAAACCUUCCGGGACAUACUGUGCAGACAAGUGGACACCCUGCAGAAAUACUUUGACUCCUGUGCUGACGUUGUCUCCAAAGAUGAAUUUCACAGAGACAGAGUAGAGGAGGACGAAGAUGACUUUCCCAACACUACAAGGCCUGAUGGUGAAUGUAAUCACAACAACAAUGGGAGCAAAGAGAAAUUGUUCCCACCCGCCAGUCCCAAAGGUAUGAAUGGAAUAGACUUCAAAGGGGAGGCCAUCACCUUCAAGGCCACUACAGCAGGAAUCCUCUCCACCUUGUCCCACUGCAUCGAACUGAUGGUCAAACGAGAGGACAGCUGGCAGAAGAGACUUGACAAGGAGCUGGAGAAGAGGAGGAGGGUAGAAGAUGCCUACAAGUCAGCUGUGAAUGAACUGAAGAAAAAGUCACACUACGGAGGCCCAGACUACGAGGAGGGGCCCAACAGUCUGAUCAAUGAGGACGAGUUCUUCGAUGCAGUGGAAGCUGCGCUGGACAGACAGGACAAGAUAGAAGAGCAGUGCCAGUCAGAGAAGGUCAGGAUACCUCGAUUAACUCCGGUUCCUCCAGGAGACGUCUACUCCACCAUCGGCACAUACCGGUUUGCCGCCAAGCCCCAUAGCCAUUCUUCUUCCCUGUCCUCCGUUGAGCUAGUCAGUGCCUCAGACGACAUUCACAGAUUCAGCGCUCAGGUGGAGGAGAUGGUGCAGAAUCAUAUGACUUACUCUCUUCAGGAUGUGGGUGGAGAUGCCAACUGGCAGCUUGUAAUAGAAGAAGGAGAGAUGAAGGUGUAUAGGAGAGAAGUAGAGGAGAACGGUAUUGUGCUCGACCCCCUCAAAGCUACACAUUCUGUGAAGGGGGUCACAGGACAUGAGGUCUGCCACUACUUCUGGGACACAGCUGUCCGAAUGGACUGGGAGACCACCAUUGAAAAUUUCAACGUUGUGGAAACGCUCUCCGACAAUGCCGUCAUUGUUUACCAAACGCACAAGAGAGUGUGGCCAGCCUCUCAGAGAGACGUGCUCUAUCUAUCAGCCAUCAGGAAGAUAUUGGCAACAAAUGAAAAUGACCCUGACACAUGGCUGGUCUGCAACUUCUCUGUGGACCACGACAAUGCCCUUCCCACAAACAGGUGUGUUCGUGCCAAAAUCAAUGUCGCUAUGAUCUGUCAAACGCUGGUCAGCCCACCAGAGGGAGAUAAAGAGAUCAGCAGAGACAACAUCCUUUGUAAGAUCACCUACGUUGCCAAUGUAAACCCAGGCGGCUGGGCUCCAGCGUCAGUCCUCAGAGCCGUGGCCAAGAGAGAGUAUCCCAAGUUCCUCAAACGCUUCACCUCCUACGUGCAGGAGAAAACUGCUGGGAAGCCUAUCCUCUUCUGAGCACAGAGGUCCGUGGAGGGUUUCCCACCGAAGAGACUACAUUGUUCAGCGUUGAACCGGCUCUGAAUGACUACAUGACCCAUCCACCUGUCAGUCAGAAUGUGUUUUCAGCCUCCUACGUGCAGGACACCUUAUCAUCCAGGACGUCCCCCCCCAGGGCACCUGCUUGUAGAAAAGACUGGUUUUACGGCUUUAAUCCAUCAGUAGUUGUCACCCCAGCCACGUCAUCAUGGCGUAACACCAUCUGUUGGUCAUGGGUACACAUGUAUGUAAAAUUCAAGAGUUUCCUAAGUGGUUUUUUGAAAUGUUGUUACCAAUUAUUUGCUUUGUUUUUGUAAAUUGUUUUGUACAUUUCUUAUGAUUACAUACUUCUUGACUUUUUUUUUUUUUUUUGGGUUCGCUUUAAUCACUAGUAUUACAGCUACUUGUUUUGCUGCUGCUAAAGUAACUACCAUGAGAGAGGAAAGUAGACAUAGACAGGAUAGAAAGCAUUGAUGAGGUGUGGUACAGUUUCUCCUCUUUAUUGCCUUCUCCUGUCCCUCUGGUGAUGACUCUCUUUGUAGUUUGAUGGGGGGCCAGAGCCUAAAGCUUUGAAAUCUUUAUAUUUCUAGGGACACAAUGUAUUGUACAGAGAAAACAGAAUAAGUUUUCAGUUAGUUUACUAUUGUGAGAAAUGUGAAUUGACUGUUAAAUGCUUGAAUUUGAUGACAGCAGUGGGCCAAGGAAACCUGAAGUGGGAGAUAAAGAGCAUUUGCUAAGUCUUUAAAGUCAUGUUGGACAAUAUUUUUGACACGGUUGAAGUGAUAAUCAAUAAUUGGAUAUCAGAGAUGUAGUUGACUGUGGUCUAUAGAUGCUAAGCUGCGGCCUGUUGUCAGUGUGUAUCUGUCUUUAACCUCCAUGUAAUGUAUGGUUUCUGAUAGAUAUUUGCAAACGGCCAGCCAUAGCGUCUGAUGUACAGAUUCCUCUCUUUCAUUGAGAGACGAGUGGAUACAUUUUGUACACCCUGGGUUGUUUUUCACCGUUUUCAGCCCCUGAUGAGGCAGAAAAAAAUCUGUCUGUGCAUUCUUAAGGGUCAGGUUUGUAAAUUAGUACCGCUGCUAUUGUGCAGGAUACGGUAAAGUUGUAAAAUGUUGAGUAGGAUAUCAGCUACACCCUAGACUCUUAGUCAUACUCUAACAUUACAUUUCACACGCCACACUACAGUGCAGUGGCCUCCUGCCCUUUGACUGAUAAACUACCCCCAGAAUGCCUUAGACACCAGGAGGAACCCUAAAAAAAUCCUGGUUAUCUUUACUGUACAGCCACCAGAUGUGCAUUUAUCAACACUGAAAUGAAGUGGGGGUGGAGGAAAGGGUCAGCAUUUCACAUCAUCUUACCUCAAGAUUUAAAUUUACUCUAGGUUGUGUUAGAUGCCAUCAAAAGUUGGGAGUUUUGCAAUCAGUAGAUCUGCACGGUGGAACAGUCACUGUCAGAUUUUUUUGGGGGUCUAAGGGGUCGGAGGUUAGGAAGGAUCUGGAUAAUUGUUUUGCUGAUAAUUACAAAAGCUAGAUCUAUGAGCAGUGUCAGCUUAAGAAUGCAUUUAGUGUUUUUAAUUUUGAUAUCUUGUCAGUAAUCUACACACUUUGUAUAUUUCUAAGUUGUACAUCAGAAGUGUUAUUAUUUGCACUAAAUGUAAUGCAAUUUGACAAUGUUCUGUAAAUUAAAAUUGUUACACGAUA